UUUGAUUGACAUCUACGAAGAUCGGAUUACAAGAUGGCGGUCUGUGGACGUUAGCGAGGAGGCCGUUAGAGUUGUUGUGCUUUCUUUGAAUUUUACUGUUUUAUUAGCAGGCCUUCUGCUUAAACCCUUUAUGUGGUAGACGUAAUAUGUUUAUGAACUAGGCAAAAAAAAAAUUAUAUAACUGCUGCCGUAAACUUUCAUUAGACGUGCAUGUUUUAUAACAUGCAGGUGGGAAAAAAGUUAACAGGUCGAGGAAAACACUAGACAGGGCGAGCUGAUAGCCUGUUAGCUCAGACUCGGUUAACCAUGUCGGACACUCGGCGGCGGGUGAAAGUGUACACCCUGAACGAAGACCGACAAUGGGAUGACCGGGGCACCGGACACGUUUCGUCCACAUUUGUGGAACGACUGAAGGGAAUUUCGUUAUUAGUUCGAGCCGAAUCUGACGGUUCAUUAUUGUUGGAGUCGAAGAUAAGUCCGAAUACCGCAUAUCAGAAACAACAGGACACACUGAUUGUCUGGUCAGAAGCAGAUAAUUAUGACCUUGCCUUAAGUUUCCAGGAAAAGGCCGGCUGUGAUGAGAUCUGGGAGAAGAUUUGUCAGGUUCAAGGCAAGGACCCUGCUCUGGACAUCACCCAGGACCCCAUCGAUGAGUCCGAAGAAGACCACUUUGAAGAGAUCCCAGAGACGACCCACCUGGUCGAGCUGCCGCCCUGCGAGUUAGGCCGGCUCGAAGAAAUCGCCGACCUGGUCACCUCCGUCUUGUCCUCGCCCAUCCGGAGGGAGAAACUCGCCCUGGCGCUGAUGAGCGAGGGCUACAUCAAGAAACUCCUGGGCCUAUUCAGAGUGUGCGAGGACCUGGACAACCGGGAAGGCCUGCACCACCUCUACGAGAUCGUGCGCGGCGUCUUGUUCCUCAACAAAGCGGCCCUGUUCGAGGUGAUGUUCUCGGACGACUGCAUCAUGGACGUGGUGGGUUGUCUGGAGUACGAUCCGGCGCUGGUGCAGCCGAAGCGGCAUCGUGAGUUUCUGACCAAGACGGCGAAGUUUAAGGAGGUGAUUCCCAUCACAGACUCGGAGUUGCGGCAGAAAAUCCACCAGACCUACAGAGUUCAGUACAUCCAGGACAUAAUCCUGCCCACGCCAUCAGUGUUUGAAGAGAACUUCCUGUCCACCCUCACCUCCUUCAUCUUCUUCAACAAAGUGGAAAUUGUCAGUAUGUUGCAGGAGGAUGAGAAGUUCCUCACUGAGGUCUUUGCACAGCUUACAGAUGAAGCCACAGAAGAAAGUAAAAGAAGAGAAUUGGUGAACUUUGUCAAGGAAUUCUGUGCUUUUUCGCAAACAUUGCAGCCACAAAACAGGGACGCCUUCUAUAAAACUCUGGCAAAUCUAGGGAUUUUACCCGCUCUUGAAAUAGUCAUGGGAAUGGAUGACUUGCAGGUGCGAGCAGCAGCUAUUGACAUAUUCUCGUACCUGGUGGAGUUCAGCCCGUCGAUGGUCAGGGAGUUUGUCAUGCAGGAACCACAGCAAACCGAAGAUGACGUUCUCCUGAUUAAUGUUGUGAUCAAGCAGAUGAUUUGUGACUCUGAUCCAGAGUUGGGAGGGGCCGUCCAGCUUAUGGGUCUGCUCAGGACUCUCAUCGACCCUGAAAAUAUGCUGGCUUCCACCAAUAAAACGGAGAAGACGGAAUUCCUGAGUUUCUUUUACAAGUACUGCAUGCAUGUCCUGACUGCUCCUCUUCUGGCCAACACUGCACAUGACAAAAACUCAAAAGAUCAUCCAGAAGGAUCUGCAAAGAUUAACCCAGUUUGUCCAGACAACUUCCAAACGGCUCAACUCCUCGCACUGAUCCUGGAGCUGCUCACCUUCUGUGUGGAGCAUCACACCUAUCAUAUCAAGACCUACAUUAUGAACAAAGAUCUGCUCAGGAGAGUGCUGGUGCUCAUGAACUCAAAACACACCUUCCUUGCUCUUUGUGCGCUGCGCUUCAUGCGGAGAAUCAUUGGACUGAAAGACGAGUACUACAAUCGCUACAUCAUCAAAGGGAACCUGUUUGAACCCGUCAUCAAUGCCCUGCUGGACAACGGCACCCGAUACAACCUCCUCAACUCGGCCAUCAUCGAGCUCUUCGAGUUCAUCAAAGUGGAGGACAUCAAAUCUCUCAUAGCUCACAUCGUAGAUAAUUUCUACAAAGCACUUGAAUCCAUCGAGUACGUUCAGACUUUCAAGGGCCUGAAAGGCCGAUAUGAGCAGGAAAAGGACCGGCAGAGUCAGAAACUCAACAGGUAUCGUAGAGACGCGCGGUCUAUGGACGAGGACGAAGAGUUGUGGUUCAAUGACGAUGACGACGACGAAGACGGCGAAGCGGUGGAGAGGAGGAUGGACGAUGAUUUUUCCGACAGCUACGAAAAGUUCAUGGAAGCCAAAAAAGGAGCCGCCAACGGUGCCAACAAUGGCAAGUCUGCUGCCAUCCCACCCGCCUCGCCAGCCGUCACGUCAAGCAACAGCUCGUCUUCGUCUGUCAAAACAGUUGCUCUUCCUGCCACUCCUGUUGUUAAGACUGCUCUUGUCGGAUUGGUGGACUACCCUGACGAUGAGGAUGAAGAGGAGGAAGAUGAGGAGGAGGAGGAGCAGUCUCCGAGAAAGCGACCCCGUCUGAGCUCUUAAGGCUUAUAAUAGCUCUCUCUGGUUCGGCCAUGGCGGAGGACGUGGAAUCCCUCCCAUUUCCUCUUUCCCCUGGCCGUCUCAUUGGUCCUCGGCCUUCUCGCGCCACCCUCUGGUCUCUCAGAGGCGUUGCACCGAGCCAGACGAGCCUCCCGCCUUUCCUCAGUCCUGAACUCUGCUCCUUGUCCCUCUCUGGAAGGAGGUGGAGAGCUUCUCUGGAAAGACAGAUUGCAGUCUAUUUCCAUAGGCUGUCUUUUUCUUUCUUUCUUUUUUUUUUUUACUUCUCCCCCUUCCCCCCAUUUUUUUAUUAAACAUAUAACCCUGUUUGGGAAAUCCAAAUCUCUUCUUCCAUUUCUUUUUUACCACGGUUUUUUCCCUUUUCUUCAAUCAACUGUCAAAACAUGACAUGGCAACACCAGUUCA